CCACGUGAUGUCUCCUCUAGCGAUAUAACUCAUUGCUCCUACCAUUCCUGUCACUGUUUACGGUCACACACUCCUAGUGGAAAGUAGGUCAUGGGAAAACAAACCGACGCUUCCCGCUUAACUAGUUGUCUGUUGUAAUUAUUCGGAAGUCCGCGGAGUCGGUACAGCUUUGUUUUUGGGUCAAAUGAACGUGAUGCUGGAGAACUAAAGCAAAAAACAGCGGCUGGGCUUAUGCAUGCCAGUCACUUGGACCACACUGUGACUGUACGGUAACUUCCCCGGCUUGUGAAACUGCUUUGCUGCCAUGUCGAGGCGGAACAGGAACAGCCGUGCAUGGCGAUACGUUUGGGGUGGGAUACGGCGGGACGCCGAUGCCCGGGCUUUAGUCCUGGCCUCAGAAACCGAGGACUGGAAUUAUGAACGCUUUGAGUACAGUGAUUCCGAUUCGGAGGCUGAGUUCUCACCUGUGAUGCGUCUACCCGUUCCCAGUGCUGUGCCUGUCACAGGGGAGUCCUAUUGUGGCUGUGAUUCCCAGGCAGACAGCAGUUAUAACCCUCGCCUCCGAGGGUUUCACCAAGUCAAGGACUGCCACUGCGGAGAAGACGACCAAGACUUUGACUGGGCUUGGGACGCCACCAGUCGAUCAACAGCAACAUUACUGAGCUGUGAUAACCGCAAAGUCAACUUCCACUCCGAAUACAGCUGUGGGACAGCGGCCAUCCGGGGUUCAAAGGAGCUGGCUGAGGGGCAGCACUUCUGGGAAAUAAAGAUGACGUCCCCAGUUUACGGAACAGACAUGAUGGUUGGGAUUGGAACAUCUGAAGUCAACCUGGACAAAUACAGACACACAUUCUGUAGCUUGCUGGGAAAAGAUGCAGACAGUUGGGGUCUUUCUUAUACUGGUCUGCUGCAUCAUAAAGGCGACAAGAUGAACUUCUCCACCCGUUUCGGUCAAGGCUCCAUCAUUGGGGUUCACUUGGACACCUGGCACGGCACGCUCACGUUUUUCAAGAAUCGAAAGUGUAUAGGUAUAGCAGCUACAGAACUACAAAAUAAGAGGUUUUAUCCGAUGGCCUGCUCCACGGCAGCCAAGAGCAGCAUGAAGGUCAUCCGAUCCUGCUCGGCACCCACCUCUUUACUCUACCUGUGCUGUGCUCGUCUUCGUCAGCUAGCGCCAGACUGUAUAGAUAUCUUGGAUGUGUUGCCACUGCCGCCAGGUCUUCGUCAGUUGCUCCACAACAAAUUGGGUUGGGUACUGAGCCUAAGCAGCGGCUCCACAGAGGAAACCUCCGACGGGCCUGAGCGGCCCUCCAGUUUGCCCGGCCCCUCAUCAGGUGGACCGUCCUUCUCUGAGAGUGACUCGGAGGGCUGUACGUCCGACGCCGAGGCCUGUCAGAGGAAAAGAUGCCGCUGGACGUGACUCCGUAGCGAACACUACCUCCUCUGGAAACACUGAUAGACAUCACUGCUGUCCCACAGCAGGUUAAGUGUUGCCUGCGUCCAUCAAGCUUUGUUUUAACAUCAGUAUUCUUCGUGAGUCAAAAAGCAAAACAAGACCGAUCAAGCAGAAAAAGUGUCACUGCGGGAAAACCGGAAUCAUGCCUGCAUAUUUUUUUUACUGUGAACUUUUCUCAUGCCAUUUAGACAGAUCCACAUUUGUCGUAUAGUUAGUCUCUUGGUAAAAUAUGUGAAAAUGUGUGAUGCUAUUUAUAAACGUACAUGGUUUGCAGUCAUUCCUGAACAAGGGUCAAGGACUUGCAGGAGUGUUACCUACUACAUUGUAACACUGUUAUCAAAGGCUAAUAUGGCAAACUUGCAGCAGCGGGUUCUUAUUUUCUGUAUGCAAAUAUGUGUUGUUCUAAACUCUAUCAGUGUAUGACCAAAAUCAUCUUUCACCGGGGUCUACGAAAUUCUGAUUGGUCGUGGAAGUUUGUAACAAUUGACUCUGAAACGUUAACUGUUAGAAGAGCUUUCAGGACUCAGCAAGCUAACGCUUCCUUUUGUUUCUGUCAGAUUAGCAUUUCUGAUGAAGCUUCUCUUGUCUGCAUCCCCCAUCUUUGUUUAGUAGCUAUUUUAAUUCAUGCAGCCAUGGCAUGCGGUCAUUCUAGAGUCACUUUUUUUGUUGCUGUUGCAAUGUUUUAUAUACUUUCUUAUUUUAAAGUGAUUUUUCUAUGCCAAUAAUUUUACCGUUAAUCUCUUUUGUACUAAUUUGUUUAUGCAUUUUUGUUGUUUUUUCUCAUGGUGCGGUCACAUUGUUUUUAGUUUUUCACAAAGGAUAUCCUUUUUUGUUGUUGCAGUAGUUGUUAAACAGCACAUUUGUAUAAAUUGACUUUGAUUUCACUCCGUCGUUUCGCAUUAUGCCGUUUUUGUUGUUAAGUGUUUUGACAAAAUGUGGCUUUAUGGCUGCAAUAUUUGUGAACUGGACUUUUCCAGAUUUGUGUUUUAUAACUUUCAAAAAUGUGCUUUAAUAUUCAUGUAAGUCACAAUUCUGUAAAACCCAUCAAUAAAUCUCCUGAUAUCCAA